UAUUUAUGAUGUUUUUCACCGCCUUAUUAGUGGGCGUAGCGCUUGCAACGCCAAGCCUACAGAAAGCAGAGCCAAAGCAGCUUCUGGAAUUGUUGGAGCGGCCAAAUGCAAACAAACAUCUGAUUAAGACUAUCGUGGAGUGUCUAGAUAUGCCAAAUAAUAAACCAUCUGCAUUGACUUUUCUAAGAUGUUUGAAUGACCGUCUCCACGUCUACCAAAAAACCGUGUUUGAUAGCAUAGGAUUCAUUCUAGGUAACUAUGUUAUUAAAGCGGCGUCGAUGGCAUUUACGAACUCAGAAGGGAGUCUAUUAGAUCGAGCAACAGCAUUUGGCGAUUGCCUGCCAAUGUUGUUGCGCAAUCUCUUCGGUUUAGAAGAGUACAGUUUUUCAUGCAAAAAGCGCAGUGUUAUAGAGGGCUACGACAAUGCCGAUGAUUCCGACUUCGAACAACCUGAUUCGGACGACGAAUUAUGA